AUGGCCGCCGCCAGUGUCACUGCCGGCGGAAUGCCUCCGUCGCCGGAGGGCCACGACACCACGAAACCACUCGAGACCACCGAAACCACCGCGAAGGCAGCACUGACGCCACCCACGAGCGAAGAUAUGAAUGACGCGAAGAAGGACGACGACGAGUCCGACCUCAGCGAUCUCGAUCUGGACGAUGAAGAGGAGGAGGAAAUUACUCCAGACCAUUACUGGGACGAAGAAAAUGGAGGGAGGAUACCAGUCUUCAAGCCAACCAUGGAUCAGUUUCGCGAUUUCAAGAAGUUCAUGGAGAAGAUUGACAAGUACGGCAUGAAAUCGGGCAUAGUAAAGGUGGUUCCUCCACCGUACUGGCGCAACUCACUACCCGCAUUGGACGAACAUGUCAAGCGCAUUCGAAUCAAGAACCCGAUCACACAGGAAUUCAACGGCACAUUCGGUCAAUACACUCAACAGAACGUGGAGAAGCAGCGCUCAUAUAACCUCCCGGAAUGGAAAGCACUGACCGAAGAGACCCAAUAUCAGCAUCCCGCCAAGCGCGGAGAGCGACGACGCAACCAAGAGAAGGUAGUUCGAGGCGGUGGAAACCUGCGCGGUCGCGGUUCUACAGUUGCAGCAACGGUAGAUGAAGAGGAUGAGGGCAGUUCAAGACCAAGGCGCAAACCUGGCCGACCUCGUCGCAACGCAGCGCCCGAACCAGAGUCAGAGGACGAGGCGAAGAAGGACGCGAAACCUGCGAGGAAGAAGCCUGGUCGUCGUGCAAAGGGUGGUCAAGCCAAGUCUGUGUCGUCACGUCGCCUCAACAACACGACUGAGACUGUAGACUAUGUGGACGAGAGGGCUUUCAAGAAGUUCAACUACCGCAUGGAAGGCCUCGACGAGUACACCAAGGAACGAUGCCAGGAGCUUGAAACGCAUUACUGGAAGAGUCUGGCCUUCAAUCAGCCCAUGUAUGCUGCCGACAUGCCUGGUUCUCUCUUCGAUGAUACAACGACCAGCUGGAACGUGGCAAAGUUGCCCAAUUUGCUGGACAUUCUAGGCACGAAAGUUCCCGGUGUCAAUACUGCGUAUUUGUACAUGGGCAUGUGGAAAGCGACGUUCGCCUGGCAUCUGGAGGACGUCGAUCUCUACAGUAUCAACUACAUCCAUUUUGGUGCUCCCAAGCAGUGGUACAGUAUCUCUCAAGAAGACGCCCGCAAGUUCGAGCGCGCCAUGAAGCAGAUCUGGCCAACGGACGCAAAGAGCUGCGACCAGUUUCUGCGUCACAAGACAUAUCUGAUAUCACCAGAUGUGCUGCAAAAGCAGUAUGGCGUCAAGGUCAACAAGUUGGUGCACUACGAAGGAGAGUUUGUCAUCACAUUCCCAUAUGGCUAUCACUCUGGCUACAACAUUGGCUACAACUGCGCCGAGUCAGUCAAUUUCGCUACGGAAUCUUGGCUGGAGUUCGGCCGUAUUGCCAGAAAAUGCAACUGCGAGUCGGACAACGUCUGGGUUGACGUGGGUGAGAUCGAACGCAAGCUGCGUGGCGAGCCGACGCCAGAAUACUACGAGGAAACAGAUGACGAAGAUGAUCUAUCUGGGGCCGAAGAAACUCAUCUACCAACACCUCCAGCCAGUGUCAAAGGCAAGCCGGCCACGAAGAAGCGCAAGCGAGACCCCAAGAAGGAAGAACCCAAGAAAAAGAAGAAGAUCCGAAUCAAGAUCAGGGUUGGUGGCCGCGAGCCUUGCUGCAUGUGCCCCAACGACAACCCUUGGGAGGAACUCCUACCUACCGAUACUGGUAAGCAAGCGCAUCGCUCUUGCGCCUCAUACACACCAGAAACAUUCAUCGUCAGCGAAGACGGUAAAGAGAAGGUCUGUGGCGUGGCAAACAUCGACAAGGCUCGUCUCGAGCUCAAAUGCAACUUCUGUCGCUCCAAACGAGGUGCAUGCUUCCAAUGCUGCUCGAAGAAGUGUACCCGAGCGUUCCACGCUACCUGCGCGGUCGCUGCUGGUGUGCUUGUCGAUGGCGGCUUGGUGCCCACGUUUGCCGAGGAUGGGACAGAGUACUACGAGGAAGGGUUCGAUUUCCGAUGCAAGUACCACAGACCGAAGCAGGCGAAGAAUGUCACCGUGGACGACCUGGAGUCGAACGGCAUGGUCACCAAAAUGGCAAAGGACCUCAAAUCGAACGAGACUGUGCAAGCGCAGAUGAUCGGCGGCGAGGCUUUCGGUGGUUUGGUGAUUGAGAACAGACCAGCCGAGAUGACUGUUCUUGUCGACAUUCUGCCAGAUGGCAAUCGCGUUGAGCUCGAGUACAAGUACCUGCUGGUUCUGCACCCAGACGAUUCGGUGCGCCCGAAACCAUCGGCGGCUGCGAAACCGAUGCCCGAAAACAUGAGCAAGAGCAACUUCUCCAUCGCCAAUCGUCAGGAUGGUGUGCCAAGCCAAGAAGAACCUUUCCACGACAACCCGGAAUUCAAGUGGUGGGACUUUUACAACUACCACACCCCACCUCCGGGCUAUCAGACUGUGCCAUUCAGAGCGCCACUCAAGUUCAAGAUCGAUGUCAAUGCGCCGGAGAUCUAUUACUAUUUGCCCGGUGUUUCGACUGAAGCAAAGGUGUUCUUCACGGACAAGGCAGGCAGCAAGGAAAUCAUCGCCAAAGCCAACUUCAUGGACCGAGUGAGCGUGAAACAACCGACACUCCAGUACAACGCGACAGCCCCCAGGCAGACUAUUGCACCGGCCAACGUCAAUUCUUUCAGUCGAAUCCAGCCUAACAAUAACCUCAACACAUCUGCUGGCGCACGUAACGAGAAGCCAUACGUCUACAAACCAAAAGAGUCGGUACGGCCGAACGUGCUGUGCGCUGUGGACUACCAAGCCUUGGCCAAUCAGCGAAGUUUCGUGGCCGAUGGCAAUCGAAGACCAUCGCUAUACAGUCAGGCAAGUCAGCCAUCGUUGCAGCAGCAGAUUUCGCACUCGCCGGCUCCGACUCAGCAUGGCUACCACAGCAGCGAUGGCUCUCGCAACUCCACGCCGUUACGGUCCUUCCCGUCUGACCAGUAUUACUCGUCCAAAGUGCUGCCGGCAGCAUAUCAAGGCGAGUAUUCAAGGUUCCGCCGCGAAUCGCAAGGUGCCCAGACGAUGCAGCGUCCUGUGUUUGAGCCGGCCGGAUACACUCCGAAUUAUCAGUCGGUCUCGCAGCAGAGGAACGCACUUAAGCAGCAGUCGGCAACACCAGCACCCAUGCUACCGAAUCCGUAUGCGCCACUCGCAGCAAUGCGCCCUUCGUCAUCUGCUUUCAGCCAUUCACCUCCAGCAGGUGGACCGUUGACGCCUGCCACGACUGCUUCGUCACUGUCCAAGGUCGACGACAACAAGUCCGAUUACGUGAAGGAUCUGGAAAAGUACCCGUAUCUGCUGAACAGCUUCUGCCGAAGUCAGAAGACGUACGAGUCUCCAUACUCGAUGGGUGGUGGCUUUGCCACUAAGUGGCAACCAUUGGAGUUGCAGAAACAAGAUGAGCAGCCGCGUCCCAUGUCACAUCAUACACCUCGCAACUCCAUCUCGUCGCUCAACGAGGUUCGGCCGACCAGCCAGCAGUGGACGCCGCCAUCGCAAAUAUGGGAUCGUGCUGGGAUCAAGCAACGCAGUCCCCCAGCGCAACCUGUGCCACAAUGUCAGCCACAGCUGUACCAGGAAGUCGGCCCCCGGAACUUCCCUCCAGCUAUUCAUCAAACGCCCCAGGACUUCCAGCGCCAGAUUCUCGGCAUGCCCAGUACUGCUAGUCGCGACGGUGCUCAUGCUAGAAUGCUGCGAGAUCAAGGCUACCUCUCGUAUGCUGCACAGCACAACCAGCACAACCAGCAUCAGAGGAACAGUUUCGGACAGACUUACGACACGGCAAAGAUGUGGAACAGUCCGCAAGCACCUACUCCCAGCCCACUGUCGGACCCUAACAUUACACCAGGUCAGGGACGGGGUCAUACGCCAACCAAUUCGGGCCAUUGGGGUAUGCUGCCACGGACGGAAGGCAUGAACCAGCGUGGCGGGCCAGGUGCUGGAUACGGGCCUAUGCUACCACAGAUGGGAGGCAAUGAGACAUGGCGAUACAAUUAA